GUAGCGGCGUAAGCGCUCCGUCUCGACCGGGCACCGUGAUAGAGGACGUUGGAGUCACUGUAACGGGAGAAUUCGCAAAUCACUUUUCGUGAAAUAUAACAAUCGCCGGGUGCACUAUGUUUUCCCGCGUUGCAAGACCCGCUCUUAACAUUACCCGGAGCCUCUCCACCUCCUCGCAGAACAAUGCCAAGGUGGCAGUGCUGGGUGCUGCCGGGGGCAUCGGCCAGCCCCUGUCCCUCCUGCUGAAGAACAGCCCCCUGGUGAGCCAGCUCUCCCUCUACGAUAUUGCACACACCCCUGGAGUGGCCGCUGACCUCAGCCACAUUGAGACCAGGGCCCAAGUCACCGGCCACAUUGGCCCAGACCAGCUGGAUGCUGCACUGAAAGGUUGUGAAAUUGUAGUCAUCCCUGCUGGUGUCCCCAGGAAACCCGGCAUGACUCGCGAUGACCUCUUCAACACCAAUGCCACCAUCGUGGCCACCCUGGCCGACGCCUGUGCCCGUAACUGCCCGGAGGCCAUGAUCUGCGUCAUCGCCAACCCUGUGAACUCCACUAUUCCCAUCACAUCAGAGGUCUUGAAGAAGCAUGGUGUGUACAACCCCAACAGAGUGUUUGGAGUCACAACAUUGGACAUUGUCAGAGCGAAUGCCUUUGUUGCUGAACUGAAAGGUCUGGACCCUGCAAGGGUCAAUGUGCCAGUGGUUGGAGGUCACGCAGGAAAGACCAUUAUUCCCCUCAUUUCACAGUGCACACCCAAAGUGGAGUUCCCAGAGGACACGCUCACUGCUUUGACUGGCCGCAUCCAGGAGGCUGGUACGGAGGUCGUGAAGGCCAAGGCUGGAGCAGGUUCUGCCACCCUCUCCAUGGCCUACGCAGGGGCCAGGUUCACAUUCUCCCUGCUGGAUGCCAUGAACGGCAAGGAGGGCGUUGUUGAAUGUUCGUACGUUCGCUCAGAAGAAACGGAAUGCAAAUACUUCUCCACUCCACUCCUCCUUGGGAAAAAUGGAAUUGAGAAGAAUCUGGGCCUUGGAAAGCUCUCUGCCUUUGAGGAGAAGCUUGUGGCUGAUGCUCUGGGAGAACUGAAGGGCUCCAUCAAGAAGGGGGAGGACUUUGUUCAGAACAUGAAAUGAACGGGUGGAGGGGGCUGCUGAACCUUUCGUUAUUUAUGUCGUAAAGUUAAUUUGGCACCAAGCUCUCCCAGAACUCAAGUCUAAAUCAUGACAUCUGACAGCACUGCAGCUAUUUGUUACAGUCCGGAAAUGUAAAUUAUAUCUCAAAUAAACAACCUAUGUUUUA